AUGCGUCCUACUGCAGCUCUGCGCAUGCAGGCCACCCGCAUCCUGCGCGCUGGCCACGGCCCUGACCCAAAGAAUGGAGUAUACAUGGGCUCAUGGGGAAACCUAGGCUCUCCGGCACAAAAGAACAUUGUCACAUAUGCCCUUUCACCCAACCGACAGAAUCCAACGUCCACCCUGAUCCCCGACGCCAUCUUUAAUACUUUUCGCCGAACACGCAAUCAGGUUCUAUACUGGGUUCCUCCCUUGUUGGUCGCGUAUCUCGCUAUGGACUGGGCUACCGAGAGGAACGAAUACCUUAACUCGAAACCAGGACGAGCGGAGUUCGGAGAGUCAUAG